GUCUGUUACGUGAUGACGGAAGCACGGUGGAUGAGGGAACUGCGAGCAGGUCGGCGAAGAACAACAGGGACGAUCGGCGGCGUUCGGGGAUGUCCGUUCCCUGACAGAGGAGCCGAGCCGGUGCUCGCAACUCCGCUCCACCAGCCCGCAACAUCGCAACCAUUGUUUGCCGCCGGCCAUGGAGGGGCCGUUGCCGCCACUGCUCCUUUCGCGUUUGUUAGUCGGUAACCAGCCGUUCGAAGUCACCUUGACCGAGACCGUUUUUUCUUGGCAGCCGCUCCGUCCGAAGAAAGCCUCGCCAGCCGGAACGGGGAGGCUUUUUGUGCCUGUUUGUGAUAUUGUUGCUGUUCGUGAAACUGAAGAAGAUGGAAUAAGUAAAGAAAGUGGAAGGUGGCAGAAGAUGCCUUCGUUUUCAACUGAGCUGACUUUGCAUGCAUUUACAGUAUAUCAUGUGCAGAGGUCAAAAAGACACCAUUGGGAGUGCAGUGGAGUGACCUUUUAUUGCUGUGACCACCUACUCUGUAACAAGUGGGUACAAGCACUUAAAGAACAGAUGGAUUUCCAAGCUAUGCGACCAAAGCAUUUAAUCGUAUUCAUUAAUCCUUUCGGAGGGAAACGAUUGGGAAAGCAAAUAUAUUACGAUAAAGUAGCGCCUCUUUUUCGAUUGGCUUGCAUCACUGCAGAAGUGAUUGUAACUGAACGAGCUAAUCAUGCUAGGGAUCAUUUGUUAGAAGCUGAUUUGGCGAAGUAUGAUGGGAUUGUUUCUGUUGGUGGUGAUGGGAUGUUCAGUGAGGUAAUGCAUGGUCUGAUCAGUCGAACGCAGAAGAAUUUGGGCAUUGAUGAAAAUUAUCCUAAAGCUGAACUAGUUCCAUGUGACUUGAGGAUUGGAAUUAUCCCGGCAGGUUCAACAGACUGUAUAUGCUAUGCAACAGUUGGAGUGAAUGACCCAAUCACAUCUGCCUUGCACAUUAUUGUUGGCGACUCUCAACCUAUUGACGUCAGUUCAGUUCAUCAUAAAAAUAUGUUUUUGAAGUAUUCAGUAUCUCUACUAGGAUAUGGAUUUUAUGGUGAUACAUUGAUUGAUAGUGAAAAGAAUCGUUGGAUGGGUCCAUCAAGAUACAAUUUUUCAGGUUUCAAGACCUUUCUAUCACACCAUUGCUAUGAGGGAGCAGUUUCUUUUUUACCUGCUACUGAAACACCUGGCAGUCCAAGAGAUCCAAGGCCAUGUACAGCUGGGUGUCAUAUCUGCAAAAACGGUGGCGAACAGGUGAAAAUAUUACAAAAAGCAGGGAACCUCAAAUGUAUUGAAGAAGAACAGCAACAGUGGAAAGUGAUUAAAGGAAAGUUUCUGGCUAUAAAUUCAAUGAAUAUGAGUUGUGCAUGUCCAAAGUCUCCCAAGGGUCUUUCACCAGCGGCACACCUGGCUGAUGGGACCAUUGACCUUAUUUUAGUCCACAAGUGUUCAAGAUUGAGUUUCCUGAGGCAUCUUAUCAGGCACACAAACAAUGAAGAUCAGUUUGACCACGCAUUUGUCGAGGUUCACCGAGUGAAGGAAUUCAAAUUUACACCCAAGUACUGUGAUGAAGAGGAUAGUGAUAUCCAGGAUGUUGGUAAAAACCUCUUUGGCCAGAUUUGUAGGGAUCAUCCCAGUUGCAGCUGUGCCCAGCUUCAGAGCAGUUGGAACUGUGACGGAGAGAUAAUUAAGCAUGCAGCCAUUGAAGUGAAGGUUCACUGCCAGCUGGUGAAGCUUUUUGUAAGAGGGAUAGAGGAAUAGCAGAACCUUUAAUGCAGAAGACGUUAGAAAUUCAUUUGUAAUUUAAUCAGAUUCCAAACUAUCUCAGGACUGCACAAACCAUUCAUGUAGAAGUUUAAAAUAGAUUAUUUAUGUUUUGAAACUUAUUGUGUAAUCUUGUGAUUAUAAAUUAAUUUACAUUAUUCAAUGUAGCCAGUAAUAUUUAUUACACAAAGUGUAAGCAUUAGAAGAAACAAGAAAUAACUAAUUUACUCCGGAGCUUCAGGAUUUCAAUUCUUCAAUUUUUAAUGUAAGAAUUACAUUUCAAAUGGAGAGUUUAUUUUUAUGGUGCAGUAUUUCAGGUGUAAAAGAUCUGAUUAACAAUGCCAUUGCUGUGUUGCAAGAAGAUCCAAUUUGUGCAUUAGCAGUGUAGUUUUAAAAAAUACAUUCUUUAGAAAGUGGAGCAGAGUUCCAGAGCACUUAUAAUCCUCUGCUUCAUAUUAAAUUGGAGUAAAUGUGAGUACUGAUUUACUGACUGCUGUCUAAAACUUAGACUGCAAAUUUCAUGAUUGUCUGUUUUCUGGCAUAUUCCUUUUGUAAUUGAAUUCUUUGAACUGAACUAGAUUUUUUUCAAUUUAUUUUACAGCACCUUGCAACCUACCAAUGCAGACUGUACUUUCUAAGCAAUGGUACAAAGAGGCUACAGUUUGAGAAUAAUUCUUUAUUUUAAUAACUGUUAGAAAAAUAUAUAUAAAUGUUGACUUAAGUAUUUUGAGUUUGUACAUAAAUAUAAAUAUAUAUUUAUUGUUGUAGCACAUGAAGCUAGCUUUUGUUUAGCUUAGUUUGUGUUCACUAUGUGAAUUGUAUGUAGGUAGCAGUGUUUAUGCACUAAUAGAUUAUAUCUUAAUAAACUUAAAGCAACAGUCAACAAUUUUCUUCUAUAUUUCAUGUUCCUACUGUAAGAAUGGUCAAUAGUUUUCUAUAGAUGGCGACAGAGUUGCUUCCUGCACUGAAGUUAUAGAUCUUUAUUUCUCCAACUAAGUAUUAAUUUUUUGUUUCAGUGACUUCUGUUUAUUUCAGAAUUAUUUGUCUGGAUUGUUUUUUGCAUGUAUUUUUCAAUAUGUGAUUCUCUGUAUUUUCCUCCUCGUCCUUCCAAAUUGUACAUAAUAAAAGUAGAGUAAAGAUAUCAUUCAUAGUCUUUACAGAUAUAUUACAGUGUGAUCUAUUUAAAUUGGUUGUGCCACACAGCAUUCCAUGAUUUUUUGAUGUAAACUGUUUAAAACUGACGUCCUAGGAUUAAGGAGCUGUCUUUCCUGGUGAUUGACUCAUCAGGCUAUUUCUAAUGACUUUCUAGACCAAAUAACUUUGGUAAUAUUGUCUG